GGUUAGAGCGCAUGCGUAAAAGUUUACUUCCUUUUUCUCGUGUGUCAAGACCAGGGCGUUUAUUUCCACCCCCUUUUCCUGUAUUGUAUAGGGAGUAUUUAUGAGUAAAAGCUAUUCUUUUUAGGGCAAGAUGGCAUUUAUGAGAAAGAGCAAAUUUCGGCAUGUGUUUGGCAAGCCUCUGAAAAGAGAUGAAUGUUAUGAUGCAAUCAGAAUCACAAGAACCUCUUGGGAGUCUACAUACUGCGCUGUGAAUCCAAAGUUUGUUGCAGUCAUCACUGAAGCAGCAGGCGGAGGCUCAUUUUUAGUUUUACCUUUGGGCAAGACAGGAAGGGUAAAUAUUGAUCAUCCCAUGGUUGCUGGACACAAAGGUGCAGUGUUGGACAUUGCCUGGUGCCCUCAUAAUGAUGAUGUGAUAGCUAGUGCCUCAGAGGACUGCACAGUCAAGCUAUGGCAGAUACCAGAGGAUGGCUUGAAGGAAAAUCUGACAGAACCUGUGGUUGACCUUUGCGCCCACCAGAGGAGGGUUACCUUGCUUGUCUGGCACCCAACAGCGAUGAAUGUGUUGCUCAGUACAGGUUCAGAUAAUUUAAUCAUCAUUUGGAAUGUUGGAACCGGAGAAGCCAUGAUGCAGGUGGAAAUGCCGGAUCAGAUCUAUUCAGGCUCAUUCAACUCAGAUGGGAGUCGCUUUGUGUGCACUUGUAAAGAUAAAAUCCUACGUAUUAUGGAUACACACUCAGGGAAGACUGUUCAGGAAGGUAAAUGUCACAUGGGCUCCAAGCCUGCACAGUGUGCCUAUCUUAAGAACGGGUUGGUCUUCACUACUGGCUUCUCCAAGAUGAGUGAAAGACAGUACGCCUUGUGGGAUGAAAAAGAUUUAAAUGAACCAAAGACAAUUGAGGAGAUAGACUCUAGCAAUGGUGUUAUGUUUAUUUUCUAUGAUGCUGAUACCAACAUGGUCUACUUGGCUGGCAAGGGUGACAGCAUCAUUCGUUACUAUGAAGUAACAGACGAAGCUCCCUAUGUUCACUUUCUAACACUGUACCAGUCCAACGCUCCACAAAGAGGUAUUGGCUUCAUGCCCAAACGUGGAUUGAAUGUAAAUAACAAUGAGAUUGCCAGGUUUUACAAACUUCACAAUAAUGGUUUGUGUGAAAUUAUUCCCUUUACAGUCCCUAGAAAGUCUGAACUGUUUCAAGAUGACUUGUACCCAGACACAGCUUCUGAUGUGCCAGCGAUUUCGGCAGAAGAUUUCUUCUCUGGGAAAAACUCUGAGCCUGUUUUGGUUUCUCUAAAAGAUGGCUUUGCACCGUCCAAGAAAGAGCAGCUGAAGGUGGUAAGGAAGUCCAACAUCCUAGAUAAAAUGCCCGCCAAACCUCAACAGCAACAGUCCUCCAACAAUGCAGACGCUGCUGCAGCACCAUCAUUACCGCCCUCACACAAGCAUGAUGGGAUAGACUUGAAAGAACUUCAGGAAGAGAUCAUUGAGCUCAAGAACAAGGUGCGCAGACAGGACAAGAGGAUUGGGGAGCUAGAAGCUCGUCUGAGUGCCCUGGAACGCAACUCAGAGGAGGAAGAGGGGGGUGAGGUAGCUUAGGAGGGGGGGGGGUUCCAGCUCAUAAUAUCAUUCACACCUGUUAGUUGAGCUUUUAGUGGACUAUUUGAAUUAUAUAUAUUAAUAUCUAUAUAUAUAGGAGAUAUAACAAUGUAGUAAAUACAUUAUUCAUAUGGCAUUUUUUUUUUCUGUUCAUAUUUAUUUUAUUUUUUUUAAAGCUCAUUUUUUGUAAAAAAAAAACAAAAAAAAAAACAAUUUUUUUUUUAGCUUACGUAGAUGUCUUUCUUAAAACCUUUUUUUUUUUGUAUCACUUGUUUGCUAAACUUGAAAAAAAAAAACAACACAAAAUCAAGGGCAGCACUGGGUUUUUCUUUUUUAUUGUAUCUAUGUUGAAAGCUAGCUUAACUCACUGUUCUCAUCUUAAUUUGUAACCUUCUGGUAUCUGCAAGAAUUAACAGUGGGUUGAGUCCAUUGUUGAUCUAAUGAAAUUCAAAAUGUGAGUUCAGUCCAUCAUUGAACGAGAAAGAUGGAUUCCACAUGCUGGCAAGAGUCUUGUAAGAUACAGGCUUUUGUUUCCAUAUUUAAGGUUGGACCAUUUUUUUGUUUGUUCUGGGUGGCUUAAUGCCAGUCUAUGUUUGAUCACUUGACUCUUCUCUUAGUACAUCACUUGUACCAAUCAAAAUCCUUCUCUGGGCCUACUUGUACCAUCCCAUAGGUGACAUUAUUCCCACUCCUGAAAUGACUAACCCCAGUGCUGUGAACGCAAUAUAUAGGAACCCUCAAUCUCUCUUCAGGACACAUCAUUACAUACGACUGAAAAUUAGAAUCCCAUCAUAAGCCUGACACUAUCAUGCCAUAGAUUGCUCUGACCUGUUGUUGACUACUGUAUGUUAAUAUUUGUUGUAUGUUGUUUGUUUUAUUUGUCAUUCAUUUAAUAUGGGUGCUUUUUUUUUAAAGCGUUCAUGUUUUUUUGUUGUUUUUUUUUAUUUAUAUGAAUAUAUGCUAAAAAAUAUAUGCAAAAAUCUUAACAGAGCAUAAUUUGUAUCUUGGUUGGGUUGAUUAUUACUAUUAUUAUAUCUACACCAUCUUGUGUUAGUGUCAGAUCUAAUCAUGGAUGCUUCAGUAUGUUAUCUGCUCUGUGUAUCGUGAGGUGAUCACCUAGCUUAAUCUGACAGCUUGAACUCAUCGUCACAAGUCUGAAAAAAAAAAUCAUUUCUCUCUCUCUUCACUAACAUACAUGGAGACUUUUUACAAUCUUCUAUUGAUGGAUUAGAACUUUGUCUUUGAUUUGUUUCAAGAUUACAUUGAGACUUCUUACUCAUUUCUACUGAAUUCGUGAGAACUUUGACUUGUUUCAAGAUUACAAUUAGUUUUUUUUUUUUUUAAUGGCCUUCUUAUUGUUUAUGGGGGCAUCGCCCCCCCCCCCCCCCCCAACCUUUUUGCAUUCGUUACUGUCCCUCCCAAAAACAUAAAUUAUUUAUUGUCUUCCUUUAUUUUCACUGCAAUUUUGUUUUGAUGUACUGAAUUUUGACGGAAACUGAAGGUCAUAAUCUCAUCGCAAGUAAAUCACACAAACACAAAGUAUGAGUGAUAGGUAGCUUUUAAUUUAGAAUUUCCUAGAGCGAAUGGACUGAGCCAUGACUUGAAGACUUUUCUCUAGGAGCCUCUCAUUCAACUGUAUUUCUUGUAAUGUCAUAAAAUGUUUUUUAAAGUCUUUUUUUUUUUUUUCAGUUGAAUGGUGGCAUCCCACCAGUUGUAGCAUUAUCUAAUAACAUUCUCUUUGCUAAAUCUAGAUAGAGCAACAUGAAGACAUUUUGUACUUUUCUCUGUUUAUGAUUUCCAUGGUUAUUUGAAAGCAACAUGUACAUGUGAACAUAAUAUCAACUCUCUCUAUAUAUAUAUUGUAUAAUUGCACACAGUAUGUUGCUGUGGUGUUGUAGCCUACAACAAACUUGCAUGAUAUAGUUGCUUGUUGUUUUUUUUUGUUAUUUUAACAAUAAGUUUCCAUUUGUUUCCCCCUAAACUGUCGAGAGAAUGAGCUCUUGAUUGAAUGCCAUUUGUUUUUGUAUUUAACUUCUUUUUACAAUUUGUUUCCUUCACUCUGACUGGUGAGAGACUGGGUUUCUUUAUGAAUGCCAUUUGGGUUAUUUUUUAUUUUAUUUUUACUUUAGAUUUUUUUUUAAUACAUGUAUAAGAUUAGGAUGUCUUCAAUUGUGUGCCCUGUUUGUAAGUUAGAAUAAUAAUUUCAUCAGCUAGAUUAUGUAAUGGUCAUCUUAGAAUUAGGUUGAAUGAAACAAAGAAUGUGGGAGCUGAUAAAGUCUUCAGAAAUGAAACAUAGCUAUGAUAUUCAUGGUCCUUAUUGGGAUCAAUUGUUAAAUCUUUCUCUCUGUAAUUAUUUACCACAUUCUGGUGGAAUCAACGCUGGUAUCAUCAGUUAGGAGAGAAAGAGUUAAUGGGCAACUACUAUGGUGACAUGGAAACAUAGUCAACCCUGACACAUCUUGUACAGCCUGAUUUCCAUUAAUUUGUCUUAGGUUACAGCUUGUUGCAUUCAAUUGACUAGCUACUACUUAGUUUGAAGCAGACAGAAUUAAUUACUGGAAUUCAAUCCAAUUGACUUAAUGCAUGGACUGUUCUAGAUUGUGACUAGGCUGGUAGAAAGAAAUGGAUAGUUUCUAUGUCUUGUCUGAGUCUCUAUUUCUUCACUUGUUUUACUUUGCUAACAUUGCCAAUGUAAAAUAAAAAUGAAUUAAUAAA